AUGGCCCCCUCCGCCACAGCCCUGGCACUGUGUGUGGCACUGCUCCUCGCCCGGCGGACAGACGGUGAGUCUCUCUUGCCCAUAGCCCCCACGCGCGUGCGCUUUGCUGCGGAGAUAGCGCAUCACUUGCUGCGGUGGGAGCCGGGAGACGACUCCCCCAGCGAUGUCCGCUACGAGGUGGAGCACACAGUCUACGGCACAAAUUUCUCCUGGACAGCCAUCCCAAACUGCACGAAGAUCUUGGGGCGCUCCUGCGACCUCACGUACUACACUCUGAAUCCUGCCCUGCGCUACUAUGCACGGGUCAGGGCCGUGUCUGGAAACCGCACAUCCCUGUGGCAAAGGACCAACGCUUUUUCCCCGCAAGAAGCCAGCCUGCGCCUGUCGGGGCAGAGCCUCUCCGUGAUGGGCAACACCAUCCACGUACAGCUACAGCUGCUCCUCAGGGCGGGGAACCUCACCGUGAAAUACGACGACAUACAGAAGCACACGAGGCGAUACCGGGUGUACGUCAGGAGGGCGCAGGACAAUCAGAUGUACAAAGUGAUGGAGACCGCCCCGGAGUUCAACAUCAGCAGCCUCUUCUGGAACACAGAGUACUGCAUCAGCGUGGAGCCCGACGUGGCCAGCCGGCGCAUCCGCACCACGCGCACCGAAGAGCAGUGCGUCACCAUCGGCGAGAGAGACAGGAGUGCAGAGCUGGUCCCGAGCAUCAUGAGCUCCUCCUUCAUCACCCUGUUGCUCUUGAGCCUCCUGGGGGCUCUGCUGGUGUGCACCUACAUAAAGAAACCCGUGAGGCCGCCGUCCGUCCUGAAGUCUUUCAUAAAGCAGAGCUCGCUCUGGGUGGAGCAGGAGUCCUCGUCCUCGGGCAGCCCGGACGCAGACCUCAUCCAGCAGCUGUUCCUGUGCCAGAAGUUGGCCCAGCAGGACAGCGGCCCCAACGGCAUCAGCGGCCCAGCCCAGCUGCCCCUGGAGAAGGGCUGGAAGCUCCCAGCGUGGCCCGAGAACCGGGUGCGCCUGCUGGGGCUGGGGGCCACAGGGAGCGGAGACAGCAGCUGCACCCGCACCGACAGCGGCAACGUGGAGUUCCAUGGGUACCUGCAGCAGUCCAAGGGCACGGUGGAGCCAAGGCAGGACCUGGCCAAGGGUGUGCCCUUCUCAGGCUGUGCAGGUCCCCUGCAGAGCUCGGGCAGCACUGACAUCGUGCUGGAUGUAGAGUGCUCUGAGCUGGCUGUCGCCAAAGGGUAUUUGAAGCAGUCCUCUCCCGAGCAUCCCUGCAGCCAUGCACAGGACCUUGCUUCGCGGGGGGCCCCUCGGGAGCCCACUGCCUGGGGGCCCAAAGCCCCCAUUGUGCUAAGCUAUGGGGCUCCAGGUGCUCCCUUGGCCUCCAAAACCAGCCCCGAGCUCCUGAAAGCUCCCUUCGACCUGAGCACCUUCAACACUGACCUGGGGACGCUGCCCCUCAUCUCCAGCCUCAGCACCAACAAGUGGCUCACGCUGCAGAUCAACCCCCUGAGCCUGCUCAACGGGGACAGCAAGGACAGCCGCCUGUGA